CUUCCUCCGACGACGAGCGCACUCGCGUCGUCCGUAGCGGCAAAGACAAGCGCGUCGACAGCGUCAAAGCCAUUGCGGGAAAGCUGAAGAAUGCCUGCAAAGUCGCGGAUUUCGCUUUGGUCACCGAGUUGUACGAUGAGUUGUUGUUGAAGCAGUUGCCCAGCUUCGAACGGUUGAACGAAACCGUGCCACGAGCGUUGUUUCGCGCUGUGCGAGAACUCGAGGACUGGGUGGAGGAGCAGGUGAAGGACAAGAAGUCUCUCAAGAAGACGAAAGCCGUGGUUUUGAACAAGCUGAACUCGAAGAUGAAGAAGCAGAAUGCUGGGCUUCGAACGGAGUUGGAUGCUGCUUCUCCUGUAGCGGGUGAAGAGAGCUCCGGAGAAGAAUCCGCUAACAAAUCCGACAGUUCCUCGUCUGGGUCCGAAUCCGAUGAAGAUGCUAAGAAGAACAAGGGUUCAUCUGACUCCGAGGACGACUCAUCGGAUUCCGACUCUGACGCAGAAGCCAAGACCGGCAAGAAGACCAAAAACGUGAAGAAAAUCCUUGUGCAGAAGAAGAAAAAUAAGUCUUCUGAGGACUCCGAUGAUGAUGAUGAGAGCACCGGAUCCUCUGGUUCCGACUCUGACGAUAGCAGCUCCAGUUCUGAUUCCGACGAUGAUUCCGAUGACUCCGACUCUUCAGGCUACAGUUCCGGUUCUUCUUCCGAUGAGGAGGUCGACGAUAAGGAGCACGCGGAACUGUUGCGUGACGAGCGCAGAAAACGUUGGUUGCUCACGGACAAGGACUUGAUCAAAAUCCAGAAGGAGAAGGAAAAAGUGCAAGCAGAAGAACAAAAAAGAAAAGAUCGUGAACAAAAGCGAAUCGCCGACCGCAUUGAGAAACAAAAGAAUGUCGUCAACGCUGAUGAAGAUGCUGGUAAUAUAGCUACUUACUUACUACGUCGAAUAGUUAUACUUCAUAUAAUCAUGAUUAUGUCCUCAACAUAUUAGACAUAGUCAUAUUAGAUACUUACUUCCUGAGAAGGCACCAGAGAACUAAAACCGCGUAUAGUGCUUGUCAAUACAUCGACUCAAGCCACCUGUCGCUCGAAAACAUUGAUCUUCAAGCAAUCGAUUUCGGUAACUCACUGCAAAUCUCCCCACUGCGACGUACUACCACAGGUUUCGACAUGGAUGGUCCCAGCAAAUCAGUGACCGAACAGCGCCUCAAGGCUUGGAAGGAGCAGAUUGAUGCUAAGGAAGUCCAGAGCGUCCUCGAACGCGUCUUGCAGGAACUUCUAAACCCUGCUGUCGCCGAAAAGAUGUCUCGGACGGAGCGCAGACGUAAGAGUCAAAUCUUGAGUGACUUCCUCGAAAAGCUCGAACUCCCCAAUGUGCAGCUCGCUCUGUUGCGCCAAGAGUGCAGUGAGGAGCUUGCGCGUAAGAAGGGCAGCCUGCCGCGAUUGGACACCUUCCGUCAGACCUUGGUAACUUUGUCGACAAAAGUGUUUCCGCUAUUCAAACAGUGGAUCAGCAAGCGUGGAGCUGUCGAAGAAUCGAUGCAAGGAUACAAUGCCGGAAAAGGAUUGGAUCGGGAAACGGUAUUUCCUUUUUCAGCUACUGCACUAACUUCUAACAGUUAAAGUUGAAGAUUUUUUCAGCACUGCACUUACUUCUAAAAGUUCAAGUUGAACUUUAUGUUUUAUCUUCCGUGCCACCCUAGUAACAUGUGGAGGGGCUUCAACUUCACAUCUUCACUUUCUAACCAAAAAACUAAACAGAUCCUCUUCCCGCUCUCGCUUUCCAAACAAUUGGAACAACUCGUUGCUCUACUCGAAAUGGUUGAUGGUGCUUGCUACAAGGGACUCCAGCAUCCGGACGAUGAGGGUGAACGCAUUGAGAACUUGGUUCGCACUAUCCACUUGUUGCGUAAAUCUGUUGACUUUUUCACUGAAAUCGAAGGCUGCGCACCGCAGAUCUGCCAGCGAGCAAAGGCCAUUAUGAACUUCCGCUUGAUGGGCAACCUGUACUCGAUGGCGCAUGGGGAGAACCGACUGGUACUUUUUCUCAUUCCAGAAGAUAUCUCAUUUUCUUCAGCUUGUUUCGUCUGACAACUAGUUCUAAGAAGACAUUUUUAUACUAUGUAUCGCUAGUACACCUACAAAUACCAUGAUCGUUCUCAGAAGGUGUUGUUGGUUAGCGUAGACAAAGAAUUUUCCGUUACAACGAAUCAACACAGGUUUUCGCGGCCGUGAUCGAGCAUUUCUACAAGGAGCAACUGCCCGCCACUUCCGCCUACCCGUACACUGCUGAAGAUUUCAAAGCUUGUGAGUUGCCUCAUUCUGAUGCGGAAAUUGCUGCCUACCUGGAGAGUCUUGAGGAGAAGUCUCAACAGCAGGCUGCAACUGGUGCUUCUACCCAACAAGGUUCCAUCUUGGGCGAGACCUACCUCGAACAGCAGGAGAUGGAGACCAGCCGACGCGGACUCCAAGCUACCUUGAUGCAUCUGUACAAUUUGUUCCUGACUGGCGAGUACCGCCGAGCGAAAGGCAUGAUGCACUACCUGGAUUUGCAAGCACAAGUAGAAAAGACCACGCAAUCGCCGGAAACGGAUCAGAAAAUCUUCGUUCUCUGGAACCGCAUUAUUGCGCAGAUGGGUCUGGCAGCUUUCAAGCAGGGCUUGAUUUACGAAGCCCAUGUCUCCUUGUUGGAUUUGAACAGCUACACGAAAGCGAAGGAGUUGCUGAUGCAAGGUACUUCUGAACUCUUAUAUAUUCUGUUUCUUAUAUAUUCUCUUUCUCAAGAAUGCAUUUGCAUACUACAAAUACAUUGUCAUUGAUGUAGGUGGAAACAUCAGAGAAUGGAACCGAUUGUGGAGAAUUCUACUUCUAUCUAUUCUCAGGCGUCAGCUUCCAGCGACCCGCUGAUUACGACCGGGAAAAGGAGGAGUUCCAGCGACGCAACCAGAUUCCGUUUCACAUGCAGAUUUCUCUUGAAUUGUUGGAGUGUGCGGCUUCCGUGUGCGGUCUCCUCAUGGAGGUCCCCAACAUGGCUUUGAUCGCCUACAACGAUCAAACCGGUCAGCGACGACGCUACCAAACGAUCUAUUCCAAGCCCAUCCGUAUGUCUUUGGAGAAAGCCCAAAAGAGCACUGUGUUGGCUCCAGCUGAAGCGACUCGUGAUAAGAUCGUCGACGCAGCACGUGCUUUGCAACAGGGCGAUUGGCGCCGAUGCUACGAAAUCUUUACCGAGUUGAAGCCCUUGCAGACGCACAGGGAGAAGCUGAAUUUGGAAGACAACUUGUUUCCAUUGUUGUUGAAGCAGGUGAAGAAGGAAGCCGUUCGCAUCUACCUAUGGAACUUCGCAUCCAGCUAUCAGACCAUCUCUCUGGCCGCAUUGGGUGACAUGUUCGAGUUGGAGACUUCUGAAAUCAGAAGUGUGCUGCACCGCAUGAUCUAUGACAGAAAACUCGCACCACAAAUCAUGCUCGAUAAAACAGCGUCCUACUUGGUAAACAACUACUUCUACGAGUGUUGUGAUUAGAACUCCUUUUUUUUCGUAAGAACACCACACUCAAUUUGGUAUCUAUUACUUAUAUAUAUGAUAAGCAGCAUUUAUUAUUUCGUGAAAGAAAUCGGUUUGAAUUCGUCUUUCGCGAGCACCUUCACCACAUCAUUCAUCCACAACACUCUCUCCAUUCCACACACCGAACAGGUGAACUCUCGCGGCGAAGAAGCUUCCGGCUUGCAACAGGGACUGACGAAACUGGCUGGUUCCCUCGACUACCGACAGGAAGGUCUAGAGCGACAGAUUGACUUCAAGCUAGGCAGAAGCUUAGUCCGAGGCAACCAAUUCAUGGAUAAGGGAGGUAACUUCCACAAAGGACAAGGCAAAGGUGGCAACAGCUACGAAGGAGAGGGUCGUAAGAUCUUUGACAAGUCUAGAGAUGGAUUGGCCAGAGUCGAUCGCUUCGAAGGCAGAAGCCGGGACGACGGCGAAAACAGAAACUUCUACCAAAAAGGAGGUAAAGAUGGCAAAGGAAAGGGCAAGAAGGGGAAAGGAAAAGGCAAGGGCUUUCCUUUUGGCUUUGCAGGAAAUGAAGGAGGUACUGCUAGUACUUCUUUUCUUCAGCAGGACAAACGUAUAAUCAAGUUUCACUCUUCAUCCACUUUUGCACCUCCUUCUUUACAUGAAUUCUACAGCAUCAUGCACCUCGAAAAAAAACACUCCUUCUUCAUCAGGUAAAGGCAAAGGCAGCGGCAAGGGAAACAGCAAUAGAGGUGCUGAAGCACGAGGCUGGAACUUGGGAGUUCGCGCUUCUGCUGUCGCGUAGAAACAUGGAAUAGCAGCCAAGGGUGAAAAAAAAUUUACAAGUACCCUAGAACUAGAACAACAGACAGUCGAGCAUUGAUUUUUACUGUAUCAAAGAAUACAGAUAGAAAAUUGAUGUUUGCGUUCUUCAUGUGCGACUUUUUUUUUUGGUAGGAUCGUAAAUAACAGCUUACUUCAAAUUAUUGCUUAGCCUCAAUCAUACAAACGAAAAAAAGGAUCCUAUUUUCAAUUGCGUAAAGCUAAAACGCCAUUAUAUAGUUUCGCUUCUAGUUUCGAAAACCUUAGCUGUUCGCCUUUCUUAGAUUUUACUUGCACCAAUACCAAAUAAGCCUGCCCUACCUCUAGAGUUGGGCUCCUCUAGAAGUCGGUCAGGGGACCUUCAAUGUUUCACGAUAACCUACGUACUAUCAGUAAAUAUGUAUGAAUAUCUGUACUAAGUAGAAGAAUGUCCAGUGUUUCAUGCAAAUGGAAAUGACCUGGUUUCAAUAUGCAAAAAACUUAUCAUCUGCUUGAGCUUGACGAUGAUGCUGUCUUUCAAAAAGACACCAUUUGGAACAAGCAACAUCAUAAACGAUAGAAAAUGUACCACGAAAGCAUCCAUGAGCAGACUUGAUGUUGUAGACACUAAACAUAAUGAACAACAAGUAGAUGAAAUGUUCACGAAGUACAAGAAUGUAGGAUGAAGCACUUG